AUGAGUGAAUCUAGUAGAUAUAAUCAAAAACCAUCUCGUUACAAUCCUUCAACCUCAAUUAGAGGUAGAGGUAAUUACCAAUCUUCUCGAGGGAGAGCCCCUUAUCAUAGGUCAAAUAGAUAUCAUCAUCAUAACAACAACGCUCCGAAUCAAUACAGCGAAUCUUAUACACCAUAUAAUUCAACAUAUAAUACACCAUACAAUGCACAAUACAAUCAACCCCCAAACCAAGAGCCAAACAGAUACUAUCAAAAUCAACAAACAACUUUUCAUAACAACAGAAGAUAUGAUCCUUCAUAUUCUCAACAGUAUUCUUCUUCAAAUAACCGAUAUCAAUAUUCUCAACAAUCAUAUCAAGAUCAAGAACUUCCAUCGCCUUAUGAUGAUAACACCAACUCUAAUAAUAUAACUUCACAGGACAAUAAUAAUAAUAAUAAUAAUAAUAAUAAUACGACUCAUAAAAAUUAUAUACCUCGUCAUUCACCCAUUCCUUACCAUACCCGUGGUAGUGAAUCUAAUAACACUAAUGGACAAUCUUCAUCAAAUGGUAUUAGCAUUCCUACCACUAAUAAUGGUAUCAAUAAAUCUCCAAUACCGAAAGAAAAAAGGAUGGAAGAUAGCAUAUCACCGUUCUUUUAUUUGACAGACAUUGAUAAAUCAAUAGAUAAAUCAAUUGAUCCAACUUUAUUUAAUAGAACAAAACAAAUUUAUGAAAUAAGUGAAGAGUUAGAUAAAAAAUUAUAUGAUCAUGAAUUUCAAUUGUUUAAAAAUGAAUUGGAAUUUGGUUUAUUGACAUCUCAAAGUGAAAGAGAUCAAUUAAACGUUCAAUUAACUCAAGAAAAAUUGGAUUCCUUAUUAAUGAGAUAG